AGAAUUGUAUUAAAAUGAAGUUAAACUUUUAGGGAUUAAUUCUGCUUUGCACUUAAGCAAAAAGAUCUUGAGUGGCUUAGAGGUGGGAAACAUUUAUUUGAACCUCGUUUUAAUUUUUUUUUUUUGGCUUUUCCUGUAGGAAAUGACUUCAGUAUUUAGGAAGGUCUUGGAUUUGACAUAUCCAAUCACAUCCAUGUUUUCUGGUGCUUCCUUCAACUCUGGCAUAAACAACGUCUUCAAAAGCAAACAGAUUGAGGACCUUUGGAUCCCAUAUUUCAAUAUCACAACUGACAUCACUGCCUCUGCCAUGAGAGUACACACUGAUGGUUCUCUAUGGCGGUAUGUCCGUGCUAGCAUGUCUCUAUCGGGAUAUCUCCCUCCUCUGUGUGACCCGAAAGAUGGACACCUGCUGAUGGAUGGAGGCUAUAUCAACAACCUGCCUGGUUUGUUACAUUCAGUUUGUACCUUCCCUUAUUAAGUAUUAAAAGUAGCCGUACUUUGAUGUAGUUGCUCAGCUGUUUGCUUAUAGCAAUAUAUUUUUAAUUUUACCAGUACUGUAUGCUGUUUGUCUUGAUGUCUUCUUCCCCUGAU